AGUUGCGAAGUGCGAAGUGUCGCUUUCGGUAGUUGUUUUGGUUAUACAUAUACAGUGCAAUAGAAGACAACAGAAAUUUUGAGAUUUUGGCAAUAAGGAGAAUUUUCAUCCUUAAAAAAUAAAAAGCGCCGGCCGGCACAAUAUUUAAGUAAAGGUAUAAUGGAUCAUUCGCAACAUUCACUGCAUGAAGGUCACAACAUGGAUCAUUCUAUGGAUCACAUGCAUAACCCCGAUGGGACUGGAAUGGAUAUGAAUAUGUAUUUUAAAUUUAGUACGGACGAAUAUGUACUUUUUAAGGCAUGGCACUUUACGACUGCUGGCGGUCUUAUAGGCUCUAUGGUAGGAAUAGCUAUAUUGGCAGCAAUAUACGAAGGUCUUAAAUAUUUUAGGGAAUAUUUGUUUUGGAAAACCUACAACUCUUUACAGUAUAGGGCAGUGUCGCUUCCGGAUAAAAAUGCUACCCCUGAAGAGCCUCAAGUAGUUCAAAUGAUUGGUGGGGUUAUACAUAAAAAACCGCCCACAAUGUUGAGCAAGAUGCACGCCCUUCAAACGAUCCUACAUAUGGUCCAAAUGGUGUUGUCGUACUUCCUCAUGUUAAUUUUCAUGACUUUCAACGUGUGGCUCUGCCUGGCAGUAGUAUUUGGCGCCGGAGUGGGAUAUUUUCUCUUUGGAUGGAAAAAGUCUGUGGUGGUCGACGUAACGGAACAUUGUCACUGAUAUAAAUCGAACAAAUGCUUAGUAUCAUUUAGGAUUUUAAGAUAGAUAAUAUAUCUUAGACUAAGAUAAAACCAAAGUGUAUCAGCUGCGAAAAGUCUGCUAAAACUGACUAGAAAAUUUUAAAGGAGUAUGUAGAAAUAAAGUAAAAAAUUGAUCCUGUUGUGCCUUCAAGGUAAAUGAAUACUUUAGAAAGAAUUAUUCAAAAUUUAAUAAAAAAUGUUUUAACUUCUUUUAAAGUUUUUUUCUUCUAAUACCGGUUUUAAGACAUCUCACAACCUUGUUCGAUAACUCAUUUAUAUGCCAUUCACAUUAGAUUUUCAUUUCAUUUGGUUCUCCCUAAGUUUCUUUCGUUCAUCGCCUUAAUUAUUCUUUUUUUCAAGAUUUCAUGAGUCUUUCUUUCCAUAAUCCCUCUUGGGACUUUAACGUUGUCCAUUCUCUGCACGUGUUCGUACUAUAUUUAUUUAUGGGCAUAACCCAGUACUUAACCCCAUUCUUCACAAUGUUAUUACAAAAUUAUAUUUUUACGUGUGUUUUACAUAUAAUUCGUCAAUUUGAAUAUAUGUUGUUUCUACCCUAAUCCUUCAACUACCACUGGACUUAUUUUGUCGUUGCGAAUUCUUUAUUUACGGCAUAUUCCAACUGAUUUUAUACAAAUUUGUACAGUAUCCUGUUGUCUUCCAUAUUUUGUCUGUAGUGAUUGAUAUUUCGAAAGACCCUUCGAAGCAUAUAAAUAUAGCCAAUGAACGUCGUUUUUACUCUUUGACCUUGACUAUUGCGCAUGCGCAGUUUCAAACAAGUUACUGUUGUAUUUUCCAAGACUUUCGUUGGGUAUUUUGCAGACUUUUCCGGCUAAAACCCUACUACACACAUUGUAAAUAUCAAGAAUGUAAAAUAUAUCACAGGGGACUUACAAAAAUUUAACAACGUCUUCCUCUGGAUUACUAGUUUUGUUUUGUAAAUCGACUUUAGCAAAAAAUUUAUGUACAGUGGCACAUUAGCUAAGAAAAUAUUUUCAGAUUUGAACCUUCCCUUGAUUGUUACGUAUAACAAGUUGCAUACCAUUUUAUACUGUAGUAGUGAUAGGAUGUUGUGUUUGAAGGUCGUGUUCUUUCCUUUUCAGUGUAACGUGUGCCUUGAUAGUCUCCACCGAGAUGACAGUCUAAUAUUUUUCUAUAAGUAACAAAUAAAAAGAAUCUUUGGCAGAAAACAAAGUGAGGUCAAGUAAAUGAAUAAAAGCAUCGAAAAAUGACCAAGUGCUAUUUAAAUAAACGGAUUUAACAUAUCACUUAGUGUUUCAUGAUCUUUUUUAUAUAUGAUACAAAUAUUUAAAUGAAGAUAUUCACAUGCGAUUCAAUGACGUUUGUAUUUUAUUUUGAAAACAGUUUUUAAAUUUAAAAGUUCAUGUCUUACUUCGAAAAAAUAUUUCAAUACUUGACAACACUACAAAAACUAUGACACUAGGAGCAACUCCUCCUUCUAGUUGACAAAACAAGUACAGCUGAGCUAUUCUCUCUUUUUCUAUUCCUUGACAACGUGCAACUGUUUCUCAGGGGCUACUUACUCACUUGUCUAGUUAUAUAACUCAAUUAAAUCUGCUACUAACCAAACCUAACAACAAUAUCUUUCAUCAAAAAAAAUUCUCGCUUUCCUUCACUCUCUUUGGUACCAGCAACAUAAAUAUUGUAGAUAACGGUGUCGCUUGGCCUUUCUAGACAUUUCCACACUGUGACUUGGAAGAUCUUUUGUGUAUAGCUUACAUUUUUGUUUGCUAAUAUCUUUCGGAUAGACUUUGGCGCCUAAUGUCGAGUCUUAUUUGCCUAUUUUAACAGAUGCUCAAACAUUUUCCUCAAACCAUAAAAUGUUAAGUUUUGGACAUUUUUCUAUUCAUGUUGAGCUCUAUCGUUGUUUUUCUAGUCUAUUCUUGCCAUACAAGAAGCUAGUAAAUGGAGAAUCACUACCAUACCUGCAUAUGCUUGAGAAAGCUAACCUUAGGUGAUGUGGUCAUUUUUCGUCCAUGUUGAGCCUUAUCACGGUUUUUGUUUGUUCCUAGUCUAUUUUUGUCCCACAAGAAGACUACCGGUAUACCUGCACAUGUUUAAGAAGGUUAAUAAAAGCUAGGUGAUAUCGCCUCAUACUAGGAAUUGUGUAAACUCUUCAUCUGUAUCUGUUUGCACCUUUCGGGUGGACUUAACCUGAUAUAGAGUCUCAUUUUUCUUAUUUCAACAGAUGCUCAAAACUUUUCACUCUAAGCGACGCAAAUGCUCAGUCUUUGGACAUUUUUCGAACCAUGUUAAGGUCUAUCACAGUUUUCUGUUUGUUCCUAGUCUAUUCUUUCCCCACAAGAAGCUAGAAAAUUGAUGAUCACUAUCGGCAUACCCUUAAAUGUCCAGAAAAGUCUAAAAACUCGGGGUUGUGUCGUGUGAUACCUUCCAGAAGGAAUUUAAAGAUCUUUUAUGUAUACCCCACCUAUAUUUGUUUAAGGCUUUCGAAUAGGAAUAAAACGCCUUUUUUGAAGCUUAUUUAGUCUUGUUUUACCAGAUACUCAAACCUUUUACAAUUUCUGCUUCCAAAAUGAGCUUCAUCAUAGUUUUUAUUCAUUUGUUCCUAGUCUGCACAUGUCCCACGAGAAGUCGAGAAUGAUUAGCUAUUCUACCUCUACAAGGUUUCACCGAUCUCACUGGUUACCAAAAAUUUAUGCUGAUGCAUUAGUUCCCAGGCCUACUACAUCGAAUUAAAAUAGUUCUUGAUUGAUCCAUUAUAUGUUCCUUACAUUGUCUGUGUAUAUGUUGUAAAUGUUAGUUUGUCUGGCUUGUCUAAACCCAUUCUAUGUAUAAAUACAUUCCUAGAUACUUCGUAAGAGUGAUAUUCUGUACAACGCGUUGAUUGACAACACAUUUACUUACCCUAGAGUGGUGUUCGAUUAAUUCAAAUGAAAUAACAAUUUGAAAGGAAAUUGGUUCAUAAUAGACUUGCUUAUAUGUUAUUCUGAGAGGGAACUGUGAAUUUCAAUCUACCGAGAGCUCAAUAUUGGAUAAAAUUAGUUGUUACUAAAAAAAAAUGGUGGCUAUCCAAAAGUAUACCACCACCAAUAUAUCGUUUUACAUUAGCAAUAUGAAAAUAAUACUAACUGCAGUGCCUUAAGUAUUGAAUUAGUUAUAUAGGAUAUUCAAAAAGUACAACAUGUUUGUUUUUUUGAAACUACAGGUGCCUCAUAUUAAUACUGAUUUUAAUAUUAUAGUCGGCUUUGUUUUUGACUUGGUAACGACAAACGGUUUCAAUAUAUUUCCAGCCUAUAAACCACACUAUCUUCCAUAUAUAACCACAUGUUACUAUCCACUAGAGCAGCAAUAAAUACUGUACAAUGUCUCAGAGGAUAAAUGAACGAUAUAGGUGAUAUUUGCGCAUUUUUGCAAAGAAAUUCAAAUAAUUUGCCAGUUAAUUUCAAGAAUCAGUUUAUUCCUGAUAAAACGACAAACCAGGCGCAUAAACCACAUGAUAACUGUCAAAAUUACUGUUCUGAAGACAUUUUUAGGAACAUAACCUCCAAAAAAACAUACUGCAAUCAUUGUACCACAGUAUUGUCUAUACUGUGAUUGUACGUUGACUGUCACCGUACAAUGUUGCCAAUUUUUACGUAUAUACCUAAUUCAAACAUAACGCACUGUAAUUUAGAUUUCCGAGGCCUAUUUAGUAUAGAAAUGAACAUAGUCACAGCUAAUUUUGCUGGUACGCUACUGUAUUUGAUAAUUUUCCAAUUUAGAAAUCAUCCCAAUGUAUUUUAAGGCUCAAAAAAAGACUGAUUUGUUUUUAAAUCAUUUUGACUACGCAACUCCAUCUUGUUUUAACGUUUAUAUUGCCAACUUUGCAUAGCUUUGGGUUUUCUCAUUCAGUAUUGCCCUGUCUAUUAUUUUUAUUUUACUUUAGUAUUUAAAUGUCAUUUGUUGUUCUCUAUAUUUUAUUAUUUGCGUGUUUACAAGUUAAAUACAUUAUUUCCUCUUGUAUUUUUAUUAGAGUAAGUACGAGAUUAUUUUAUGACAGUAAAUUUAUGAUACAUUUGUUAUUAAAUAUGUUUUUAUAAUUAAAAUUGUUUUUGGGAUGUAAAGUGACAUGCGCUGGUUGCAUAUAUGUACGGGUUCUUCUUGCUGAAGAUCAGAAUGUUAAUGUUUAAUAAAAUUGAUUGAUUUUACAACUCA